AUGGGCUUGUUCAGUACACAUUCGGCCAGCCUUUUGGUCUUCAUCUUUGUACUCGCACAUGCGGUUCCCGAGAAUCCUCGAGUUCUCGUCUUGUUGGAUGACCCCAAGAUCGAACAAACUCAUUCCAUUUAUUUGAAAUCUCUCAAAGACCGAGGCUUCGUGUUGACCAUCAAGAAAGCUGAUGAUCCAUCUCUCGCGUUGAUCAAGUUUGGCGAAUUCUUGUACGAUCACGUUAUUGUGUUGGCUCCUAAAGUCGAAGGUAAGUUUCGUCGUUUUUUGGCAUUUUUCCCUAUUUUUAGAUAACAUUUAAAGUACGCGCGUCGCCAUAACUAGGGAACACUUGGCCAUUUUUUUUAAAUAAAUCGCGUCGAGACCAAAAUUAACUUGAAAUCGUACGUGUGUACGGUAGAAAAAAUAUUUUUUUGCGGCUGCAGCCGGAAAUUUUGUUGUUUGAUAUCGCGAUGGAUUGAUCUCAGUAAGUUAUUUUAUGUUUAUUUUUGCUUGUUUCUAGACGGCGAGCUCAGGGACGGUUAGAGAAGGUCGUUUACUAGUUUUUUUUUAUGAUUUCUUUCAAAAUUUGUCGGGUUUCCUUUCUUCUCGUGAAAAAUGCUAUCUUAUCCAUGAUUUGUUAGUAUUAUCGUCUAAAGAAGCUGUGAAAAACAUGAACAAGCGCUCUUCUGUCUGUUUAAAUUACUAUUUAGACUGAAAAACCAUUUUUUGAAAAAUCCGAUAUUAUCCAUUUAUUUUGCUUGAACUUUUCAGUUUGUUCACGUCAACCAAUGGACUACCACCAUACCUCCUACAGCAACUUCGACUCCUUCCCCUCCCGAUUAUCUGUGAUUUGCAAGAAGCCGUAUUAUUCCCUCCAACAUUUCCUCUUUACUUUUUCAGAAUCAAGAUUUAUAAUAUAAAUUUAUUAACCUUCUCUUAUGUCUUUAUUGUUAUUAUUAUUCAACGCGUUAUAAUUAUAAGUCUCCACUGCGGAGGAUGUGGGCUUUGUGACGGCAUCGACUUCAUGAUCAUGCGCGAGUUCUGUUGGAGUAGGAGGCGGGCCGUUCCAGGAAGAAGCACGAAGUCUGCCUCGUAGAUAAUGACAUCCAGAUCGCAGGGGAUCUUGUCAUUUUUGACACGUUCGCAGAGAGUCCUAAAAGCGAGUAAUCAAUGUCAAAAAUUGAACUUACUUCAUACUUGGAACCCACGUAUCGAUCCCAUGUUUCACGAGUCAACAAAAGUCUGAUCCUUCAUGAUUCUCUCCAUGAAUCUUGACCUUUUUCUGCAAACUUCUGCUUUUCCUAUUCGAAUUCAUGGAGUUCAAGACUUCCGCGGAGCAUUUACUUUACAUCGAACUCCUUCCGUUGCCGGACAUCGUACUCAUCAACGCACGUGAACCCGUAGAUGACCUCGUCUUCACGUUUCUUGCCUAAAAUUCGGACCGAAAACAUUAGUUUUCGUUAAAAAAAUCUAAAAUACAGCUAAAUAUACACGAACCACAAACGAUUUAUUUAUAGAAAUUAUAAACACACUGAUCCACGAAUCCGACAAUUCGUCAACAACGCAACAAAUAAUUCUCGGCUCCAGCCGCAGAAAAAUUAUUUUUCUACCGUACACACGUACGAUUUCAAGUUAAUUUUGGUCCCGACGCGAUUUAUUUUAAAAAAUGGCCAAGUGUUCCCUAGUUAUGGCGACGCGCGUACUUUAAACAUAAAUGGCCUAACGUAUUGCUUUAGAAUUCGGCGGAUCUUUGAGUGCGGAAGAGUUGGCCAAGUUCGUCGAUGGAGGUGGAAACGUCCUUGUCACUGGCGACUCUAAGAUCGGAGAUGCUCUUAGGGACUUUGCUCUUGAGGUUGGAUUUGAAUUCGGUACGGAGGGAACCUUUGUGAUUGAUCACUUCAAUUAUGACGCCCGCCUUGAUGAUGGAACUCACACCGCUUUGGUUGUUCCAAAGACUCAAUUAAUUGAUGCUGAACUCAUUGCUGGCAAAAAGCUGAGCCCACUUUUGUAUAAGGGUAUUGCUUUGACCUACAACACCGAGAAUCCUCUUCGUCUUUCCGUUUUGACGGGAACGUUGACGUCUUACAACUUCAAUCCCAAGCAGAAGAUCAACGAAUACCCGCAGGCUAUUGGCCAGAAUACCGUUUUGGUUGGAGCUGUUCAAGCCAGAAACAAUGCCCGAGUUGUUUUGACUGGAUCUUUGGCUCUUUUCAGUGAUGAAUACAUUAAUGCACAGAUCCAGAAGAAUGGGGCCAAUCAGAAGUAAGCGCAUUUUUAGAUUGAACAUAGGAAGAGUAUAAGUCGUUUUCUACGUCUUAUAUAGGGUGUGUUAAAGUUUGUGGACGAAAAUGGAGGCCUAUAACUGCACGCAGAAAAAACUCCCAACUUUUCACGGGAAUCCACAAUUUUUUGGAAUGGAUUCCUCGGGUUUUUGCCUCGUUUCGGUUGAAAUGACAUUUGCGCUUAUAGUUCGUGCAGUUAGUAUGCCAAAAAUAGCUUUUCUGUAAUGCUCCUAGGAGAAACUAUGCGCUUACUCCGCAAAUUUUUAUACGCCCUGUAUUAGUAAGGAGCACUCUUAUUUAAUAAAUGCUUGCUUUUAGACCAGAGAAGAGCGGAAACGCUGAAUUCAUCACUGCCAUUACCAAAUGGGUUCUGAAGGAGAACGGCGUCCUUAGAGUGAAGUCUGUGAAACAUUCCAAGGUCGGGGAAACUACUGCUCCAAGAGAAUACACCAUCACCGAGGAUGUGGUAAGUCAUAAAUAACAUCUUCUUGAAUUUUAUUUUAGAAAUACGAAAUUGAAAUCGAAGAGCUCAAGGACGGCAAGUGGGCCCCAUUCCAAGCCAAGGAUGUCCAGCUCGAGUUCGUUAGAAUCGAUCCUUUUGUCAGAACCACCUUAAACAAUAAGAGUAAGAACAAUGUUGGACUGUAAUGUGUUUUUAGAUGGAAAACUGAGCACCCAAUUCAAACUCCCUGAUGUCUACGGUGUCUUUAAAUUCCUUGUUGAUUAUAAUAGAGUUGGUUACACCCAUUUGUAUGAUGUUAAACAGGUAUGUGACAGUAUCAAAGGAUGUAUCAUUGUUGUUUAGGUUGUUGUCCGUCCCUUCGAACACACUCAAUACGAACGUUUCUUGCCUGCUGCGUAUCCAUACUACGUCUCUUCCUUCUCAAUGAUGGUUGGCGUUGUUCUCUUUUCCUUCGUUUUCCUUUAUCACAAAGAACAGUCAAAGGAAACAACUGGCCAGGAUACCAAAAAAACCAAGUAG